AGGAAACAUCUGCUUUGCUUAGUGACUUCAGGAAUAUGGCAAGACUCCCAUCCUUUCAAUCUGAUUCUCGAAAUUAUAAAGUGUCAAACCUACCUGAUGACGACACUUGAGAAAGCUACAAACUAGUUCCGGAAUAUUCUUCAAAGUUAUACGAACCAUAUAAUUCUUGGAUAUACUUAUAUCCUUGAUUUAUUUGUUGCGACGUCAUCUAAUUUAUUUCAACUUGAUUCUUAAAAAUUUAGUUGAUUUAAACUAGAUGUGAUCUUACUUCAAAAAAAUUUGGUGGCUGUUUGUUGGGAGUUUUUGAUUUCUUCUCGAAAACUCUUAUAGAACUACCUCUAUUUUGAAUUACGAUCGAUAUGCAGUAAAAAAUUUAGAUACUUAACUUACCUGACGAGUCCCUUAAGCAAGGACGAAACCGGUCGUAAGUCUCUCGCUUAUGUAUCUAAUUUCGAAAAAUCUUGAGCUUCUUUACACACCCAAAUAUCAAUAAUUAAAAUGACGAGAAAAAAAAAGAAUUCUAUGGUGAUUUACAAAAAGAAUGAUGGCAAAAUUUAAGACAAAUUAAUCAUGUAGAACAAAUUGUUAUUGCAGAACAAUGUACAUAACAAAAUGAAUCAGUUAAACACUGGAAAAAUUCAGAAAAAUAUCAACAACAUGAACUUGCAGGACAGCUCAAGCUUUUGCAGUCAUUUCUGAAAGAAAAAUAGCAAAUGUUAAGUCAUUGUAAUUUUUUUUUUCUUUUGUUCAACGAUGUAUAUUUACCUAACCAUUUGGUGAUUUAGCGUAGUUUAUUUUUCUAGUUUAUCUCCCAAAUAAAUUAAUUACUCAAACAUUAUUUUUCUUGUUUUAGAUAAAAAUAUUUAACAUGAAUAUGAAUACAAAUAUUAAUACAGAAACGAUCAAAACUCCAAGUCAAGAUGCUCAAGGUCAUUGGGGUGAUUUACUAUCACCGACACAAGUACUAACAGGACAAGAACAAAAAACAACUACAACAACAAUAUCAAACAUAAAGAAAAAGCAACCACGUAAUCGAAAAUUACAACGUUAUUGUCGAAAACUUCGUAAACAAGGUUUAGAUGAAGCAACUAUCCUAAUGUAUAAACGUUCUAAUCAAUU